UCUUUGUGUCACCCAACACAGCCCCCCUGAAGCAACAUUCAAAUAGUCAAGAGUGACACUGGCCCCGGGUAAGGGGAUACCCAGCACAUUUACAUCCCUGCACCUGCCCUGCUCCCAGCAGCAGCGCCACCAAAAUCCCCCCAGCAGCAGCAGCAGCAGCAGCUCUAUAAAGCUCCUCUUGCCAUCCCUGACACUCCAGCAACAGCAGCCACUGAGCUGCCUCAGGCACUGCUGCCACAGCCCCCUUGGCCAGCACAGCUCUGCUCCCCAGCUCCACCAUGGAAGCUUGUCACUCUCCACACCAAUCCAAUGUCACUUCAUCUGAGGCCACAGCUGUGGCCAUCAUCACCCUGGAGGCAUUUGCUGGCGUGUGGAUAAAUGCUUUCAUCGUUUGUGUGCUUGGCAUUGGCUGGGUCAGAAAGAAAACCCUGAACUCUAAUGAGAAGAUCUUGAUGCAUCUCAGCUGCUCCAGGAUUUCCUUUUACUGCUCCUCAUGGGUGUACAGCUUCCUUUCUAUAAUUUAUCCAAAUUACCAUAAGGUUCACACCGGACUUCAACUGCUUACAUCAUUUGCAACCUUUUUUAAUUAUUCCAGCUUGUGGGUGUCAGCCUGUCUUUGUGUUUUUUAUUGCAUAAAAAUUGCCAAUUUCAGGAAUAGGUUCUUCAUCUUCCUGAAAGUAAAAAUUGACAGGAUGGUGCCGUGGCUCUUGUUGGGGUCUGGGAUUUUAGCCUUGGCUAUGAGCAUCAUAACGUAUGAUUUCAAUGAAAUUGUGCAGAGUAACAACCUCAAUAUCACCUGCUUUAGAAAUUUUCUGGAAGAAAGUAUCAGAAAGGAUAAGCUGUUUUUCUCUUCUUUUUUUCUCCUUGGCUUUGGAUAUGCUGUUUCAUUCAUGGCAGUCAUCUUUUCUGCUGUUUUCCUCCUCUUUUCUCUCUGGAAACACAAACAAAAAAUGCAGACAAACUCCAUGAAGGACCUCAGCGUGGAAGCCCACAUCAGAGCCAUGAAAUCUAUUCUCUCCUUCUUAGUGAUGUACAGCAUCAACUUUGUAUGUUUGGUUUUGAUAUUAUUUUAUAUCAUGGCAAAUGUAAAUAUUGUGACAAUUCUUGCAAACAUCUAUGUGUAUGGUUUUCCAGGUGUUCAUUCAGUUGUUCUGAUUUUAAGCAAUCCCCAGCUGGAAAAGGCACUGUUAAAGACUCUUUCCUGUGUGAAGUGUGAGUUUUGCAUCAAGUAG